AUGAGCCUAGACAACGUCAAGAUCCUUAUCCUAGGAGCCGGCGGGCUCGGGUGCGAAAUCGUAAAGACUUUGGCCCUCUUUGGCAUACCGCUCCUCCACAUCGUAGACAUGGACACCAUCGAGUUGACCAACUUGAACCGCCAAUUCCUCUUCACAGACGCAGAUAUCGGCAAACCAAAGGCCCACGUCGCCGCUUCCGCCAUCAACAACCUCAGCAACCAAAACAAACUGCCUCGACCAGUCCAUGUCGUGGGCCAUAACCAGGACCUCACCUCGUUCCAAGACGAUUUUAUCGCUCAAUUCGACAUAGUCAUCUCGGGCCUCGAUUCCAUAGAAGCAAGGCGCUGGAUGAACUACAAACUGCACGAACUCGCCCUCAAGUCAAACUACAAAACUUUGAUACCGUUCAUCGACGGCGCCACUGAGGGUCUCAUGGGCAAUUGCAAAUUGAUCGUCCCAGGUUUCACCGCUUGCUACGAGUGCUCCCUAACUACUUUGCCCCAACACACAGACACGUAUCCGCUCUGCACGCUAGCCUCAAACCCAAGAUCCAUCGCACACUGCGUCCAAUACGCUUCCAUCAUCCUUUGGCCCCGCCAUUUCAACAGACCACACGACUUGGACAACUCCGAAGACCUGGACUGGUUGUACGAACAAGCCUUACAAAGAGCCCAACAGUUCAACAUCGAUCACUCGGAACUCUCCCCCAGAUUCGUACUCGGAGUGCUCAAAUCAAUAAUCCCAAGCGUCACGACCACAAAUGCCAUCAUUGCCGGACAAUGCUGCAAACUCGCUAUAGAACUACUAACAGAUAUAAUCGAUAUACAAACCUGCCCCACAUUCACGAUGUACAACGCAGAAGCCGGAGCAACCAUGUUCUCUUACAGACACGAGAGAGACCCCCAAUGCUCAGUAUGCUGUAUGACAGCAUAG